ACACCCACAAUCUCCAACGUAGAGCGACCACCGGGGUCUGAGAUCUUGCAAAGAAAAUCCAAAAACCCAUCGAAGAGGCAUCUGUUCAAGACACACUAUAUUGUCAGAAGUGUCACAGGACAUUCACUGUAAAGAUGUCAGACGUGGACCAGGAAGAGGAAUUAUUGGAACCACAGACAGGUCCCAAAGGAGUGAUCCAUGACUGGAGGAAAUUUAAGCUAGAAAGUGAGGACCAUGAGAACACACCACAGAAGCGGAGAGAGCUCCUCAGACAGAUGUCCAACCCCAAGGCUAACAAUGAUGAUAGCCAGGAAAGAAUUAACCGCAAGCAGAUGAGUGUUCAGGAGUAUGAGAUGAUCCAGGAGGAGGAUGAGCAAUGUCUGAAGAAAUACCGCAGGCAAUGCAUGCAGGAAAUGCAUGACCGCUUGAGCUUCGGGCCCAAGUUCGACAGCGUCUUUGAGCUGGAAAGCAGUGAAGCCUUCCUCAAAGCCAUCGAAAAGGAGCACCGUCUCACGCUGAUCAUCGUGCACAUCUAUGAUGAUGCUAUAAAAGGCUGUUAUGCUCUCAACAACUGCUUGAACAGCCUGGCCAUCGAGUACCCCAGCGUGAAGUUUUGUCGAAUCCGGGCAUCCGCCACAGGCGCUGGAGAAAGGUUCUCUGACGAUGUUCUACCCACUGUGCUGGUAUAUAAGGCUGGAGAAAUGCUGGGAAACUUCAUUUGUGUUACCAAGCACCUCAAUGAAGAGUUCUUCGCUAUUGAUGUGGAGAACUUUCUCAAUGAGUACGGCUUGUUGCCAGAGAAGGAAUUUGCUGCCUGCCCUGAUGAUGAUGAAGAGCUUGGGGUAGAAUAAUCUAGAAAGAUUACACUAGUGGAGAAAAGCCAUAGUAGAAGAUCCAUGGUAAAUGUUUGGGACCAAGCAUACAGACAGGCAAUAAGUUUGUCAUGUAUAGAAGCUCAUUAAGUCACAUUCUCUAAGCAGAUCCCACUUCCCACUGUCACAUCCCACUGCAGUUACUAUGCAUUAUUAGAAACAUGUGAAAUAAGGCAAUGCUUAAGCACACUUAUAUUAACCAAAGCAAAGAUGUUUCUUAUCUGUAACUUACCGAAGACACCAAGACUAUUCUAGCGCAUUUCCAUAGAAUAAAUAAAUAUAAAUGAAUAAAAACCUAAAAUUUUAUCAUAAAAUGAAGAUUUUAAAUUUUAGCUGGUAAAGGAUAGCAGGUCCUUGCUUACAACGUUCUGAAUAAGGGACUAACCUGAAUAAUCAGUGACAGGUUAGUACUAAAAUUGGUUGAAAUGUUUGGCCCAUAUUGGCGCUUCAUUUUACCGCUGUUGAUUAGUGCUAUCUACAUGGUCUGUUGUCAAUGUCAGCAUUUCUUUCUUUUUUGAACUAGCCAUGUUUGUAAGUUCACUAGAAAGAGCAGAGCAGAAAAGGUAAAUAAAAUCAAUAUAACUAGGAAACUUUGUGAAAACGUAACUUAUUGUGUGCUUCUGAUAUUUUUAGUCAAAUUCGGCACAAGUAAGUAUGUAAGGUGAGGCAAUAGAAACAGUGACAAUAUGCAGCAUCGUGAAAAGUUUUACCAUCCAGUGGAAAAGUGCAAAUCUAUAACACAAUUCUGAGACACUAAAGUAGAUUUGGUUUAUGUGAUGUAAAACAUUUAAACCCAGGAUAAAUUUUGAUAUAAAUUUACAAUUUGAUAUGAAUUUUUUACAAUAAAAUUCAAGAAAAUAUGUUUGGAUGAAAGAUGAAAUUUUAUCUGCAUCCUACCAAAUAAUUUAUACACAAAGGUGCAAAACUUUAGGCUUAUGUAGUGGUGGGAUUAGCCUGUUUUUCCUUUUAAUUUUAUUUGUCUGAACUAAACCCAAACUUCAACUUUGCUUGUUCAAAUUAAUACAAAAGAUGAGAAUAAAGAGAAUAAAAUAAAAAUCAUGAGAAUAAAAAUCAGUAUCUGUUCUUGUUCAGAUUAGAUUUCAUUAUGGAAUUAUUUGGAAUAAUAGUAUGAAUUAAUAAUCCAGGUUAUGAAAAAAUCUUUGAUUGGGAAAUUACCAUACAUCACUUUUCCUAGUAAAUAUUAAGUAAAAACAAAAUAUUACACACUUUAUUAUAUAAGUACUCUAUAACAGUAAAUAAUACUAAAAUGAUUUAGUAUUAUUUAUACUGUAUGUAAUACACACUAACGUGAAACAUUUAUUUGUAACUCAAUACUAUUUAGAAAUAAAGCAUUUCUUAAGAAUUAGGGUUCAACACUAUGUUGGGAAGGGUUUGGAAAGAGUUCAGAGAAUUUGUGGUUUUUGGAAAGAGCUCACCAUUUGAGAUUCAUUCCUAUUGCCCCACAUUCUGCAAUUUUGCAAACUAAACUUGAGUGUAUAUCUUUCAUCCACUUACCUUUGUGUAUGGCUCAUAUGAUAUUCUGAAAUAUUUCCAUGAUAAUAUUUGGGAUCGAAUGCUUCAAGAUGCAUUGUAUAACUGACUAUUAACCUAUGCAAACUACUGGCAUUAUGCUUAAGUUUAACAUAGUGGCUUGUUUAACUAUACUGUUUAUUGUUGCUGCAACCUAAUAGAGUUGAUUAAUAAGUAAUGAAAAGGCAUUUUUAUUCUAUUACUUACCAUUUUUUUAUUAUUCCAUUAUACCUUUCAGGUCCAGGUUCCUCAGUCUGAUCCUGAACUCUGGUUAAUGGAUGAGUUUGACAUGUUCUCCCAAUAUCCAAAUAGGUUUCCUCCAGGUUCUCUGAUCUUUUCCCAGCCUUCAAAAACAAGCUGUUAGAUGGAUUGGACAUGUAAAAUUACCCAGAAUGUAAAUUAGGUGCCGUGUGAUUGACUGGCAUUUAAUUUGGGGGUACAUUCCUGCCUCUUGACUAGUGAUGAAUGAAUAUUCAUGAAUAAAUGAAUAAAAAUAUAUUGAUGGUGA